GCGAGCGCCGCUGCCGCCGGGCGCGGAGGCGGCCUCCCGCGGCGGCGCGAAGAUGCCCCGCGGCUUCCUGGUGAAGCGCAGCCGGCGGCCCACGCCCGUCUCGUACCGGGUGCGCGCCUGCCGCGAGGCCGCCCCACUCCCCGCCGGCGGUGGCGCCCCGCCGCCCACCUGCCCCGCUGCGCCGCCGCUGCCCGCUCCGGCUCCGCGGGAAUCGCCGCCGCCGGUGCCCUUCGGGACGCCCGAUGCCGCCGUGCAGGCGCUGUACAGCCCGACGCGGCCCGUCAGCAGGGACAAGUACCUGGAGCGCAGCUUCAGCCUGGGCUCGCCCGUCUCGGCGGAGUCGUUCCCCGCGCCGGCCGUGCCCAGCACCAUGGACCCGCUGCUCUUCGCCCCCGCCGAGCUCAAGCUCUGGGCCGCCGCCGCCGGCCACGCCGAGCCGCCCGCCGCUAACAACGGCCCCGGCGCAGCCCCCGCCGCCCCCGGCCCCGCGCCGCCCGCCCCGGCCGGGGCCCCCCCCGCUGCCGCCGCCUCCGGCCGCCCCCAGCCCGGCAAGCGGCCGCCGGGAGCGGCGGAGCCCGGCAGGCAGAAGGCGCCGUCGGGCAAGAAGGCGAAGGCGAUCCGCAAGCUGACCUUCGAGGACGAGGUGACCACGUCGCCCGUGCUGGGGCUGCGCAUCAAGGAGGGCCCGGUGGAGGCGCCGGCCAAGGCGCGGGGUGGCUGCGCCCGGCCGCUGGGCGAGUUCAUCUGCCAGCUCUGCAAGGAGGAGUACGGGGACCCCUUCGCGCUGGCGCAGCACCGCUGCUCGCGCAUCGUCCGCGUGGAGUACCGCUGCCCCGAGUGCGACAAGGUCUUCUCCUGCCCCGCAAACCUCGCCUCCCACCGCCGCUGGCACAAGCCGCGCCCGCCCGCCGCCGCCAAGGGCGGCCCCGAGCCGGGCCGGGCACCGGCGGAGGAGCCGCCGAAGGAGGCGGGCGGCAGCGGCAGCGAGCGGGACACGCCAAGCCCCGGUGGCGGCUCGGAGGCGGGCUCCGAGGAGGGGCUCUUCGAGUGCCCGCGUUGCGCGAAGCGGUUCCGCCGGCAGGCCUACCUGCGCAAGCACCUGCUGGGCCACCCGGCACCGGCCCCGGGAGCGGGAGCGGCCCCGGUCCCCGGUCCGGCCCUCGAGCCCGCCGCCGAGGUGCCGCCCGCGCCGCCGCCCGCCGAGUGCCGCCUGUGCCCCGUGUGCGGGGAGACCUUCCCCAGCAAGAGCAGCCAGGAGCGACACCUGCGCCUCCUGCACGCCGCCCAGGUCUUCCCCUGCAAGUACUGCCCGGCCACCUUCUACAGCUCGCCCGGCCUCACCCGGCACAUCAACAAGUGCCACCCGUCGGAGAACAGGCAGGUCAUCCUGCUCCAGGUGCCGCUGCGCCCCGCCUGCUAGAGCCGCCCGUGCCUUCCCGGCCCGCCGAGCGCCUCCCGCGGGCUGCGCACCGGACUCGCCGCACCGUUAGCUUUAAUAUGGCUUGUGAACUGCUGGAAUCUGGCUUUACAGUUACCUUUUCGGGUUCUCUUUCUCUCUCUCUCUCUCUCUUUUUCCUUUUUUUUUUUUCGUUUUUCUUUUUUUCGUUUAUUUUCGGUUUUUAUAAAUGUGAACAGAUCAAAGCGCUUGAGGAGAAAUGAGAAUUUCCUUUAGUGUAGCCACAAAUGCCUUGACUCUGCUGUUGAUGGUCUCCAGAAAAUGCUGUAGAAACUGCCUUAACUGUGACAUGCCAACUUUCCGUUUUUGUUUGUUUUGCCCUUACUAAGGUAGCUCAUGAGUUGACUAUUUGUAUAUGUUGGUUUGCGUAAUUAUGUUAUUUAUUUGUUAUUUAUUUAUAUUAAUUAUGAAGAUUGAUAUUAUUUGAUCGCAGAUGUUCUAAUGCGCUUUUUUUUUGUCUCCCCCUCCCGCCAUUUCACUGUGCAUUUCAGAAGAUUUUUUUUCUAAAGGGAUCUGCUAAAAGGUUUUAACUUUUAUACCUAGAAUAACACACGGUCUGAACCAUUUUAUCCUGUGCAACCAACAGCUCUUACUUUUAGAUGCAAUCUCUUUUUCUACACACAUUAUUUUCUUAACUGUUAGCUAUUUAUAGAGUGCUUCGAUAGAACUGUUUCAACUGUAUAAUUAUUUACUAUUCAAAUAAAAUAUUUUCAAAUUCA